CCAGAUCUCUCAGGAAAAACGUCUGCCUUAAAUACACAAAUCAGGCAAAUCGAAGCAAUGCAUCACAAUGAUUUACAGAAAUAUGCUUGUGAAGUUUGUAACAAACAAUAUAAAACAAAAGGGGGCAUAAAGAAACACUUAAAACUUCAACAUCAAUGGGACUUUGACAAUGAACAAGAAACACCUUCUAAGAAUGACCAUAUAGCACUGUACCGGGAUUCUUUCAUGAAGUGUUCACUGUUGUUAAGGGACACCAAUGAUGCCUACGAGAUGGGAGAUGGAGAUAUAAUUCUUUUAAAUGCUAAAUUCCAGAUGUUAUUGUCUCGCAUCGGAAAUCAUACAAAAUAUCAACUAUGGCUAUUUAGAUUCAUGGCCUACAUGUAUUGUUAUUCCUUAUUAACUCCUCGAAUGGCGUAUGAAUAUAUUUGGAAUUGUACUGCCAAUAUGCAUGGCAAUAUUGGACAUGAUUUACCUAAUGACAACUUGGUAGAAAUGCUGGUCCAGGCAGUAAAGAAGAAAAUAUAUGCUCAAGGUGCUAAUGCUACAUACAAGAGUGCAAGAAAUGCAGCUUUGACAUUGCAAAUUCAGGAGGAGAUUUUUACAAAUAUACAAAAAGAAGUUAACAAGAAUAUAACAGGAAGAAGAAGACCAGAACGAUCCAAACUAAAUGAUAUUACUGCUAUGGUAUCCGAACUUCAAUCUGCACGUGUUUUUGACUUUAUUCUGGUAGAGAGUAUACCAAAUUUCCCUUAUUCUCAGACAUCUUCUCCAGAUUAAAAGUGCCCGAGCUACAUAGGUGGAUUACGGACAACAAGGAACGUCUUUCAUAUGAGACAAUUUAGAUGAUGACUUUUAUGCCUUUUGAUUAUUUAAUGGAAUAAAAUACAUGUAUGACUUAA